AUGAAGCUGAAUCCUAAGAAAUGCGUCUUCGGCGUCACCUCGGGAAAAUUCUUGGGGUAUCUGGUUUCCCACCGGGGAAUCGAGGCCAACCCCGACAAGGUCAAGGCCAUUCAGGACAUGUCCCCACCUCGGAACAUCCGAGAAGUCCAGCGGCUGAAUGGACGCCUGGCCGCGCUGAAUCGCUUCCUGUCCCAAUCAGCUGAGAAAGCACUGCCCUUCUUUAAGGUGCUCAAGAAGGCCGAUCAGUUUGCCUGGACGGAAGAAUGCCAGGCUGCUUUCGACAAGCUGAAGCAAUAUCUCCAUCACCUACCCACUCUCGCUUCACCUCGGCCCGAGGAGAAACUCUACCUCUACCUCGCCGCAACCGACGAGGCUGUCAGCGCUGUCCUUAUCCGGGAUGAGGGCACCCAAGUGCCAGUCUACUACGUCAGCCGAGCUCUCCGCGGGCCGGAGACUCGAUACACUCAGGUGGAAAAACUGGUGCUGGGGCUAGUCCACGCAGCUCGGCGAUUGAAGCCCUACUUCCUUGCUCAUCCCAUCUCCGUCAGGACCGACCAGCCCAUUCGGCAAAUAUUGAUGCGACCCGAGGCUUCCGGUCGCCUUACCAAGUGGGCUGUCGAGUUGGGAGAGUAUGACCUGUCGUAUGAGCCUCGCACCGCCAUAAAAGCUCAAGCCCUAGCUGAUUUCUUGGCCGAACUGACCUUCACGGAAGGUCCAGAGUCCACCUCCGCCAGUGCCGAGGUUCCCACCCCUUCCCCGUGGACGCUGUACGUAGACGGGUCCUCUAAUGGGGAUGGCAGCGGAGCUGGACUGCUCCUGGAAGGACCUCAGGGAGAAGUGUGCUCUUACGCCCUCCGCUUUGGCUUCCCAGCCACCAAUAAUGAAGCCGAGUACGAGGCCUUAAUUGCUGGACUCCAGCUGGCCCGCAGGCUCGGCGCCCAGCAAAUCCACGUCCGCAGUGACUCCCAACUCGUUGUACGCCAAGUUCUUGGUGAAUACGAGGCUAAGGAUGAGACCAUGCAACGGUACCUCUCCAAAGUUCACCAACUCACCGCGUACUUCGAGUCCUUCGAAAUCCAAAGAAUACCCGGUCCCAGAAUAAUGGAAGUCCUGAGUGAACCAGGAUACGUGGAAGAGGUGGCCUGCCCCGUGCACUCUGAAGAAACCUGGAUGACCCCGUUCAUCCUUUUCUUGGGUCAAGGAGCCCUUCCCGAAGACCGAGCCGAGGCGAGAAAAAUACAACGCAAGGCGGCUCGGUACGCUCUCCGCGAUGGAGAGCUGUACAAACGCUCCUACCUCGGCCCCUGGCUGAGGUGUGUCACUCCCGAGACAGGACGCCACGUCCUCCACGAGAUCCACGAGGGCUUGUGUGGAGCUCACGUCGGCCACAGAAUGCUAGCCAAGAAGGCUUUGCUUCUUGGAUAUUUCUGGCCCUCAGUUCGGCAAGACGCCCAGGACCUCGUUCUCGGCUGCCCUUCCUGCCAAGUCCACGCACCCGAGCAUCACCAGCCCGCAAACUUCAUGGUUCCCAUCACUUCACCUUGGCCGUUUGAGCAAUGGGGGACAGACAUCAUAGGUCCUUUCCCCAGAUCCGUCGGGGGUUAUACCUUCCUGGUCAUCAUCUCGGAUAAUGGAAGACAAUUUGCCGAGAACCCCUUUAAAACUUGGUGCACAAACCUUGGCAUCAAACAACAUUUCACUUCAGUAGGCCACCCCCAGGCCAACGGUCAAGCAGAAAACUUCAACCGAACUCUCUUGCAUGGCCUCAAGACCCGACUACACCAAGCUGGAACAUCUUGGGUCGAAGAACUCCCCAGUGUCCUGUGGUCCUAUCGGACCACGCCGAGGUCAGCCACGCAAGAGACCCCCUUCUCUUUGACCUACGGAGCCGAGGCUGUCAUCCCUGCCGAGAUCCUUACCCCCAACCCUCGGCUGGCAGCCUAUGCCGCCGAGGUGAACAACGAAGAGAGACAGCUGGAUCUCGACCUCGUCGAUGAACGAAGGGACCUCGCCUCAGCCCGGAUAGCUUCCUACAAGAACACACUGGCACACUAUUACAAUGCCCGCGUCAGACACCGUAGAUUCCAGCCUGGAGACUUGGUUCUUAGGAAAAACUCAGUCAGCCGAGCUGAACCACAAGGGAAAUUAUGCCCAAAAUGGGAAGGCCUUACCGAGUUGUGGAUCUGA